AUGAGUGAAGAGGUCGCUAGAUCCAAGUUGUGUUGUUCUUGUAAUGAAGUUGCUACCAAGAUGCAAACAUUGGAGGCAAUGGUGCAAGCUAUGGAGGAAAAGCAAUUGGAGAAAGAAGAUUGCUUGCUUCGAGCUUUGAAUGAUGGAUUGUUAGAACGCACUAACAUGAAAGAGUGGUUCUAUAAGAGAGUUGCUAAAUCAUGUAUAGGUUUGUCUCGUAACUUAAUUGAUUUGAAUUCUCAAAUGGUUGCUGCGAAUGAGUCUACUAGAGUUGGAAAUUUGAAACUUGAAAUUCCUACGUUCUAUGGAGGGAUUUGCGAGGGAGUAAAGUCGUGGAUUAUGUCCAUUGAAAAUUUGUUUGAUGUGUUAGGAGUAACUAGAGAUAGCAUUAAGGUGUCUAUUGCUAUUUGUGGUUUGCGAAACAUUGCUAAAACAUGGAGUGUCCUGUACUUGCGUAAUAAGGAAGGAAGUUUGUCUUCAUGGUAUGAAUUUAAAGAUGCAUUGUACAAUAGGUUUUGGAAUAGUGAGAUUGCUUGUGAUUACCAAACUGAAUUGAAUGAUCUUACUCAAGACUACAUGGAUGUCGAGUCUUACAUUGCUAAGUUUGAAGAGUUGUGUGUGAAUAGUGACAACCAUGAGUUGAAUGAAGUGUUGGCUGCGAGAUUUCUUAAUGGCUUGAAUUCUUGGGCAGCGAGUCCUUGUGAGAACAAGGUGUUGCGUUACACUCAACAUAGUGUAGAAUCAAAUGUUGAUCGUGGCUUUCAGACCUUGGGUGCGAUAGAGUGGGUAGAUAACUUGAUUGUUGCUAUUGAUGGGGGUAGUAGUGUCAAUUACAUAAGUGAGGAGUUUGUAAGAGCUAAUCACUUGGAAGUGAGUGACUUGUGUGAACCAUGUAAGCUACGCUGGUUACAUGGUGGAAUGGAAUUGAGCGUUACUCAAAACGCUAAAGUGAAUCUUCGUAUACGAGAGCUUGAGAUAUUUGAGUUGCUUGAUGUAGUACCUAUGACGGCGUGUGAUGUUGUUUUGGGUAUACCAUUUAUUAAGAAGAUGGGAAUAGUCUACAUUGGUGCAUUGAAUACGUUUUCAUAUAGAGAUCGUGCCUAUAAGUUGGUCGAGUUGAGAUCAUUAUCGCCAUGGGAGAGUGAACAUAUCAUGUUUCGAAAACGUGUGCUUCAAAAGGAGUUUAUCAAAGUGAACAAUGUACAACAAAAUAAAAAGGAAGGUACAUUUGUGGAGGGUGAAUCGAGUGGUGGUGUAGGAGGAACACUCUACACUAACCAAGAUUUAUCGUUUGUUCAUUUUGUAGCUUCCCAUCGAAGUCAAAACCAAAUGAAGGAGGAAAAGGUGUUCUUGUCGAUUGGUGGACCAAGAUUGUUUCCUUUCAAGAAUAGAAGAAAGUUUGCUAUGAGAAGUUGGCCUCCUUUGAAGGAAUUAUCACCAACACCUUUUAGUGGGAACAAUGAGGUUGAAGAAGAAUCGCUUAAUCAACAAGUGUCAAAGGAGUCAAGUGAUGAUUUCCCUAGCAACUAG